AUGGACAAGUUGAAGGAGGCUGCCGACUCCGUCGGUGCAGCUGGGAUCUUGGCCUUUUAUUCAGGGCGGCCGCAGGAAGGCCCAGGCGGCUUCACGGCGGUGUGCCAGUUCUACAGUGGGGAGGCUGCGUACCAGACAGGAAAGCUUUUCUGCUACAGGUCGAGCUCAUCUGAAGGGAAAGCGCAGCUCAAAUCAAUGACAGAAGCUGGUCCUGACGAGGCACGCAAGAUGGCCCACAGGCUCUGCCAUGACAUGAGCUUGGAACCUCACAAACACGGCCACGUCUGGCCAAAUGGGUGCACCAAUCGGGCAUCAUUCAUGUUUGAAGUGGUCAGUGCGCGUGUGCGGGCUUACCCGGAGUACUUUGCGAGCAGGAAUGGCCCUGGCGCUAUCUUCUACAUCGAGCAUAAUGAAGUCAAUGCGCGUGACGACUAUUUCUCAGACGGCGGCAAGCUGGAGGGCGCAAACAUCCUCGGGAUGCUGUACUCAGCGAUCCUGAAUGAGGGUGCGAAGUUCAAGAGAGAUCGUGCUGACUUUGAGCAGAAGGAGAAGGAGGUCAAGGAUCAAGGUACCCAGCUGGCAUCUCUCGUCAAGCCCGCCGUACUAGAGGUGACAAAACAAGUGCGCGAAUUGACUGGCAAGAAGGCGAUCGAGAAGAAGCGCGCCGAGGUGAUGACUGAGCAUGCCCGCACUCCUGCCCCGACAACGGCCGUUGCUGCUCCAGAACCAGAUGAGUACGUCUUUCAGGAAGUGAUGGCAAAAGGGGCAAGGAUGACCGGCAUAACAUUGCCUGAAGGGUACACGAUGACCAGGGCCAAAGCCAUUGCCCAAUCGAAGUUCGGUGCAGCUUACUCCGUGAUCUGCCUCAUCAUCGGGAUGAAGGAAGAGGAUGUCCGCAAGCAAAUGCCAUCAAUCAUACCCCACCUCAAGACUCUCGGACUGGCUGGCGACGAGGGCUUAGGUAAGCCAGAGGAUGACCCUGCCCAAAAGCUGUCAAUGAGCCAUGCUUCUUCCAAUGAUGCUACAAAGGCCGAGAUCAAGAAAAAGCUGAUGGAGCAACGUGAGGCGAAGAAGUUGGGCAAGAUUGCCAAGGCAGCCUACCAGCCCACCAUCUGGUUCAUCAGAAAGCACUGCUACAGGUUCGCAGAGCCUGGCAUCAGGCUGCCCACCAUCGCUUGA